AUGCACUAUAAAAGUGGAACUCACUCAAUUUUGUAUGUAAAAUUUUAUUUAGGCUCAUUAGAUUCCAGAAGUAUACUGUUUGUUGGUAGCGAAUCGAUGUGUUCUCCUAAUAUCAACAGAACCUACUGGACGCAUCUGGACAAGUCAUCAACAACCCGACAAGAAGCACAGUUGGUUGUUACUGAUACGAAGGCCCAAAAGGAUAUAUUUUCGCUAGAUUAUCGACCUACUUUGCAGGAGUAUAAAACACGCCCAACCCGCUAUUUGAAAACCUAUUGCAAUAAAAAGAACUCUACAUACAAACAAAGUGAGAAUACUACAGGUUCUAGUAACGGUCUAUUGCCAACUGGUGACAUUUUAAAUAAUAAAUCUGGUCGCGUAAGCCAGUUAGCUAAUCGGGUCGAGCACCUUUUGAUUCAGGAUUCUACUAAUACCUUGGAUCGUUACGGAAAAUUAUCGUCAGUUCCUGACUCUGAAAAACAGGACUCCUUGGAAAGUUGUUUGCUGUCCAGCACCAAAAGGAAACAAAAUAAUUUAAUAUCAAGUUCAAUUACAACAACAAUAUCAUCUCCCUGGUAUCGUCAUUGUAGACCGAAAGCUCCUCCUCCAGUUUUUCCUCUAUCUUCUGAAAACUAUGCCAUGAAGUGCUGUCAAAAUGAAGGUCGUGAUUUCAAUUUUAAUGAAGGCGGAAGCAAAAGUAGUGAUGAUCAUCUAGAAUUUGAAUGCGAAAACCUGUUUACACCUCUACCGUGUUUAAUUUCUACAGGAUUUUCGUGUUCAGUACGCUGUCCAAGCAUACAACACCUAGAGACAGAUCUUAGUCAAGAAAACAUAAACUGGGAUUCAGAUUAUCCGCAACCUCCUCCUUUCUUAUCUCCCGAUGAUGUCGAAUCGACACCAAUGAAUCAUUCUUACUCCUUCUCCUUUCCUCCUAAUUCCAUUAUUGAUGAAGAAUCCAGUACGUUUUCCGCAGCAGUACCAUAUUCAGAAGAAGUCACUUUAAAACCUUUGGCUCCCAUAACAAAUAUUUUACCGAAUGGUGGUGCUUUCAUCCGUCGUCAUCCUAAAUGGGCAAUGAAUUGUAAUUCAAACAUUCUGAGGUUGCAUCCGACUGUUCGUUUCUCUGAUUCGAACUUAACAAUCGAUUCUGAUUUCCAUUUAUCAUCAUCAUCAUCAUCGUCACCUUCUGCACCAUCACCUCCUCCACCUUUAAUUGUACAACGUUUACCAUGUGAAUUGGCUGAUAAUUUGUCAGAACCACAAGAACAACAACAUUCGAUUUGUUCACCUACAUUAAAUAAACCUAAUCUAACACGUCCGAUAGUUUUAAAACGUGGAGCACCCGACAGUAGUGUAGAACAAAUCUCUAAUGAUAUCAUUGGUUUAGAUGUUAAAAAAGACUGUGAUCCACCAUUAAAAAUGAAACGAAAUCUUUACUGGGAUCUAACCAUGGAAGAUUAUUCACCGAAAAAAAGUCGUAUACAAUUAUUAGUACCAAGUGAAUGUAGUGCAUUUCUUCCAGUUAGAUCAACUCGUCAAUUGGAUUCUAAACAACAUCUAAAUAAUAUUUCAUCACCGUCUUUACGAUAA